AUGAAACUCGAUUUGGACGAUCGAAAAGUGAUCUUGAACUUAGAAUUGGAACUAAAAAACCCUGCUAACGAUGGGUCCCAUAAAUUGAAUUCUGAGAGUACCGCUCGAGUAGCAGGAUACAUCGAUCGCGCAAAGCUACCUUUUUGGGUUUUGAGAGGCGCUCUCUAUGUGUGCUUGAGCGAAAGCUCAACGACAGCGGCGUUUUUCCGGUCAAAACUACUGAAAAAACGGCAUCUUCGUCGUGGCAUCGUUGCGUCACACGAAGAUGGCCACUGCAUGUUUUACGCUUCUCCAAUUGAGUCUGACGAGACCCUGUUUGAGAUACAUUGUGUCGAGCUAGAUCUGAUCACAAUCAAGCAGCAAUUGGACUCCCAAUUGCCCAAAAGUGCCACGCUUGACAGUGGCCAUCCUUUGGACCAUUUAGUGGAGCGCAAACAACGGCAGCAAUUGCGUAGCCGCUCACGUGUGUCCCAACACGCUGAGGUUGCCGAUUUGAGACGUCAGUUUCUGAAAACUGCUGCCGGCUGUAUUCGGAGCGGCUUGCGUUUGCGGGGUAUGCCCGAAAGUCAGCCAGAAUUCCACACACUCUACAAAACCACCUUGUCCACCGUUGAAUUUGCUCACCGGCACGACUUGAAUGCUACGUCGUCGUCACCGCAAACAGUGUCCUUUGAGACUGUCCAAGACACUGUCGAAACUCUGCUGCGUCUAUUCACUCGCACAUGA